CCCAUUUAUGCUGGGGGUUGUCUGUGAAGCAGAGCAGAGAGCUAGAGAGAGAGCGACAGAGAGACAGAGUGAGAGAGAGUGAAAUCACAUGCACUCCCUAUAAUGGUUGGUUAAAAGCAGACAUAUUAACAGACGUCCUCACUAAACUGAAUAGAAACACUUUUUUGUUCUGUUUCUACUUUUUUUUAAUAAUUUUUUUUUUCACCAGGAUUAUGUGUCUUACGUGUCAGUCUGAAGAUAUUUUUCUCCUGAACACCUGUUGAAGACACAGAGACAUGUUGCUCAGGAGGGGGCGCUGCAACCACAGCCUGUCCUGAAUGUGUGCAGCAGCCAACUAUGUGCUCCCAUUGAGGAGGCACAGUGAGGGCUUGGCGAAUCCUGGCAGGCUGUGUGGGGGGGUAUCGAUGCCCACCCAUGCCCCUAGAGCCCGGUCACAUGGAGCCCCCCACCCACACGACGAAGAGAUGGAUUUGGCUUGGCAGGAACUGAUGGCCAUCACUGAGCUUCAGGAGUUUGAGGUCCCACAUGACAGCCCAGAUGAAAAUAUUCAGUACCAUCCCAUGGAGCUGCCCAUCUCUCUGGGAGGUUAUGGCAUGGCUCAGUCUCACACAGAGCCCCUCCCCUGUGGUGGUGCGACAAAUCCUGAUGCUGCUUAUGAGGGAACCUACUCUAAAGUAAUGCCAGCUUGCCAACAUCAGGCCACCGGGGAAGCAGCAGCAGAGGCACUGUAUGGACAUUCUGGAAACCAUUCUGGAGCCCAGCUGAACCCCAGAGUUCUGAACCCUAUACAGCCACCGCUGAUGAGCCUUCUAGAGCAUAUGAGUCUCCCGAGCGUCGGUGGUGAGGGGCUUGUUGGAAACGACAAUGCUGGCCCCUCUCAGGGCCCGGGGCGGUACGUGCUAGGGACAAGUCAUGGGCAGAGCAAACACCCACCAUGCACUGUGGAUGAUCUGGAAUCUGACUCUGGCCUAUCUCUGGGUUCCAGCCCACCACUAGCCUCACCAGAUGAUGCCAUGACUGGUGUCCCUGCUUAUUCAAGCACAGAGGUUGGUCUGAACUAUAGUCACGGGGAAAUGGAGAAUAUGGGUGAGCAAGGUAGGAGAGCUAGCCUCUUUUACUCUGUGGACUAUCAGCAGCAUCCCAAUAACCCCUACCACUACUCAGGGAUGCACUCCUCUUACUUCCCUGUAACACAACCAUCCCAAAUGCAACCACAGCCUCACUUCCUGCCUCCCAUGUCAAUGAAACAUCAACAUGGUUUACCCAGUGCCUUGAACGACCGGCAUCUUAACAGCUCUGCCACCAGAGAGAGCUCUCCCCAGGCGUUCUAUGAAAAACCCAGAGGUAACCCUCUUCCUGUCCCUCUGAGCCGGGACGAACGCCGAGCCCUCGCCCUCAAGAUCCCUUUUCCUCUAGAGAAGAUCAUCAACCUACCUGUGGACGACUUCAACGAGCUCCUGACACAGUACACCCUCACGGACUCCCAGCUCGCCCUCAUCAGGGACAUCCGCCGGCGGGGUAAGAACAAGGUGGCAGCCCAGAACUGCAGGAAGAGGAAGCUGGAGAACAUUGUUUACCUGGAGGGGGAGUUGGGUCAGCUGCAGGCCCAGAGGGAACAUCUGGCCAGGGAGAGGUUGGAGUUCCAACGCAACCUGACUAUUGUUAAACACCGCCUCACAGACUUGUAUGCUGAAGUCUUUUCUCAGCUCCGGGAUGAGGAUGGACAUCCCUACUCUAUAGAGGACUACUCUCUACAGCAGACCCCUGAUGGGAACGUAUACCUGGUGCCUCGUAGUGAAGUGUUGGAUGGAGAAUAAUGUAUGAAAUCUAUUGGACAGUUAUUGUAUACUGCCUCAGUUUAUAUACCAAUAUGAAAUUGUUGCUAAAUCUACAGUACAAUAAGUGCCAUUAAGGAUAUUUACAUACAAAACCAUGGAACAGUGUAUGUAGAGAUCAGAUAAAAUGGCAGCUAAAAGGCCACCAUGUUAAACUAAUCAAUAUUUAGGGCCUUUAGACAGUAUUCAUACUCCUUGACUUAUUCCACAUUUUGUUGUUAUAGCCUGAAUUCAAAAUGGAUCAAAUAUACUGAACAAAAAUAUAAACGCUACAGUUCAUAUAAAGAAGUCAGUCAAUUGAAUUAAAUGCAUUCGGCCCAAAUCUAUGGAUUUCACAUGAAUGGAUUUCACAUGACUGGGAAUAGAUAUGCAUCUGUUGGUAACAGCUACCUUCAAUAAAAAUAGGCCUCAGGAUCUCGUCACGGUAUUUCUGUGCAUUCAAAUUGCCAUCGAUAAAAUACAAUUGUGUUCAUUGUCCGUAGCUUAUGCUUGCCCAUACCAUAACCCCACCAUACACGAGGUCGGUGGUUGUGAGGCCGGUUGCCAAAUUCUCUAAACCGUUGGGGAAGCGGCUUAUGGUAUAGAAAUGAACAUUUAAAAUUCUCUAGCAACAGCUAUGGUAGACAUUCCUGCAGUCAGCAUGCCAAUUGCACGCUCCCUCAAAACUUGAGACAUCUGUGGCAUUGUGUUGUGACAAAACUGCACAUUUUAGUGGCCUUUUGUCCCCAGCACAAGGUGCAUCUGUGUACAAUUCUGCAGUGUAUUGAUCAUGCCGUUUAAUCAGUUUCUUGAUAUGCCACACCUGUCAGGUGGAUGAAUUAUCUUGGCAGAAGGAAAAUUCUCACUAACAGGGACAGAAACCAAUUUGUGCACAACAAUCGAGAGAAAUAAGCUGUUUGCAAAUGCAUUGAAAAUUAAAAUAAAUCUAAUUUGCAUUAGUGUUCACACCCGAGUCAACACGUGAUAUCCCCUUUGGCAGCAAUUACAGCCGAGUCUUUCUGGGCAAGUCUAAGAGCUUUGCACACCUGGAUUGUACAAUAUUUGCACAUUAUACUUUAAAUUCUUCAAGCUCUGUCAAGUUGGUUAUUGAGCAUUGCGUGACAGCUAUUUUCCACUCUUGCCAGAUUUAAUUCAAAACUAUGCCACACUGCAACAUUCAAUGACGUCUUGGUAUAUCAUUACAGUGUAUAUUUGGCCCUGUGUUUUAAGUUGUCCUGCUGAAAGGUGAAUAUGUUGCCUGGAAAGCAGACCACCAGGUUUUCCUUUAGGACUUCGCUGGUGCGUAGCUCUAUUCAGUUUGUUUUUAUCCUGAAAAAUGACCUAGUCCUUGCCGAUGACAAGCAUACCCAUAACAUGCAGGCACAACCACGCUUGAAAAUAUGGUAUUGGAUUUCCCUCUAACAUAACACUUUGUAUUCAGGGCAGUUAAUUUCUUUGUCACAUUACUUCUGUGCCUUACUGCAAAUAGGAUGCAUGUUUUGGAAAAUGUCUAUACAGGCUUCCUUUUCACUGUCAUUUAGGUUAGUAUUGUGGCGUAACUUAACUGUUGACCCCUCAGUUCUAUCACAGCCAUUAAACUGUUAAAAUCAGCAUUGGCCUCAUGGUGGAAUCCGAGGGUUUUCCUUCCGCUCUGGCAACAUCUAGGAAGGCCGCAUGUAUCUUUGUAGUGACUUGGUGUAUUGAUACAUCAAGAGUAAUUAGUAACUUUCAAAUGCUCUGGGAUUUUUAAUAUAUACCAAUAGGUGCCCUUUGCUAAGCAUUUGAAAACCUCCCUGGUCCUUGAGGUCAAAUCGGUUUAAAUUCCGUUUGACUUACGAAAUUAUAAAUAAAAAAUCAGUAGUUUGUGCAAUUUAUGCACAUUUUCUCCUGAACUACAACAAUAAUCCACCGUGAUACGGGGUUUUGUAUGUAGGCCAGUGACAGGCUCAAUUUAAAUUCAGGCUAGGAAAAUGGAGAAAGUCAGGGGGAGAAUACUUAAGGCCCUUUAUUUACCCGAGCUAACCAGUCAUAUGCCUAUGCUCAUGCUGGAUACAAUGAUAAAUCUAAAAUGUACAUUUGGGAAUUAUAUUAUAAGAAUGUCUAUUUUUACAGUCCAUGUAUAUCAGAAUAUGAAAAUUGUGUUUGAACAGUAUUUAUGAGUAAAAGUGGGUUUAAAAAAAUAUUUUUAUUGAUAAACAGGGAGUAAAAACAAGUUAAAAUCCUGCACAGCAGUCUUCGCAGUAUAAAAUAGCCAAUUGCAUCUUUCCAGGCACCCUAAAAGAGAAAAGACCAUUGUUUAAAAUCAGGACAGCCUCACAUAAUCUCUUAAUAUUUCCAAGUUAUCAAAAGGUUGUCGCUUACUAUAUGCAAUGCAACAACGUUCCGCUUAAAAUCAUGCUUUUGGAUAGCUGUCCUUUCGAUUCAGUGUUUUUCCUAGAAAGCACCAGAGGAAAAGGAGACAAAUGAAUAUCAGAAGACAAACCAAUGAAAGGCGUUAGUGAUAUAUUCCAUGAUUUGACUGCAAACGUCAGCAUGCAUUAUGAGAUUGGCACGCUGGUAAAGACAAUGUUACGCAAAAGGUCCAGACCGUUCUAUUAGAUGGGGGCAUUGGUUUCUAAUAAAACACUGCACAUCCAAAUAAAAUGUACACGGUCAUUAAUGCUAUACUAUGAAUUUCUACAACAAAACUAAUGUUUGCUCAUACCAACUACAGAACAUGUUAUUCAAACUGACAGUAGUUGGAAAAGUCUUCUUACCUACAGGCGGCAUCUAAGUGCUUUGGUAGCUGCUGUCUGCUAGUCUCACAUGCCUUCUUGCUACUCACUCUCCUGCUUCACACUGCUCCUUCCUGCCAGGCGAUGGGUUUGUUUGCUACGUCUCUCCCUCAGCUCAGCUGGCUUCCAUGGCUGGCUAGCCUCAAGACUGCAUCAUGUAAGCUAGCCUUCUGCUGGCAGCUGUACUGUCUGACAGGCGGGUCUGAUCUAGCCAUCCAACUCACGUCUCUGGAGCAGUUCUCAAAGAGAUGGGCCCUCUGCGUGGACCGAGUAUUUGUACUACCAUAGCUUCACCCAUUGGAGUUCAUCAAGGACUUCAACGCUAUUGUAACACUGUUGUCACAAACCUUCCAUUGAUGUGCUGGGAUAUGAGAGUCUACAUUCUGUAGCAUGUGCAUUGGAACAGACUAAGAAUGUCUCGUGUAAGAAAGGAGUAAAGCAUAUUGGACUAGGCAAAAAGUCUCCAUUGACAGGUGGUGCUUAUCUUCUAAAGAAUGGCCAUUGACAGCAUCCAUCAUUCAAGUGUGGAUUUGUAUACAGGCAAAUGCAUUAAAACAAACCAGAAGAGAACCUCCCGCUCCCACCCAAUCCCCUAAAAGAGAGGCUAACAAGACUGAACGACAGUUUUAAAAAACUGAAAGGUGGUUUAUUUCAACUUGAUUGUUGCAGUUACACAAAUAAAAACCAUAGAUGCAAAAUCUACAUAAAACCUCAUCGGAAUGCUUGCUUUCCAGAAACAUAAGAAACCUGUUUGACAGUACAGAAAAAUGUAUGAAGCCCCUCCAUGAUUUCUCUAUUGUACACAUCUCUUCUUGUAGCAGCUGUAACCUGCCACAACUGUUUGGCUGAGCAGAUCUAGGGUGUAAACCUGCAGCUGCCCUGUCAUUUGUCUCGCUCUCCUCUCCUAAGUACU